GAACUGCUGGUGGUGUUGGCGCGCUACGAGGACGUCUUUGAUUUGGCUGAGGAACAAGCGGCAGCAGCGAAGGCAACCGAAGCUGCGGGCAAGGUGGAUGAUGAGAUGCAACAGUACAGGUUAGCGUUGGAUCAGGCCGUGUCCGAAAUUGGAGACAUCUUCACAAAGUGCUUUGGCAGUUUCAACGACACCAAGCUAUACGGUGCGAACCUGCAGAAAGCUCGCCUUCCAG